GUGGCAGGUCCAGUGAGAGCCGCCUGCGGCGGUGGCAGGUCCAGUGAGAGCCGCCUGCGGCGGUGGCAGGUCGAGUGAGAGCUGCCUGCGGCGGUGGCAGGGGAAAGCUUGGACGCUAUCCACCUUGGCCAGGCAAGAUCGUCAGUCCUCCAAAGGAUCUGAAAAGGCCAAGAGGCAAAAAAUGCUUUUUUGUCAAAUUUUUUGGGACUGAAGAUCACGCCUGGAUAAAGGUAGAACAGCUGAAGCCCUACCACCCCCACAAAGAUGAGAUGAUCAAGAUAAACAAAGGCAAGCGCUUCCAACAGGCUGUUGACGCAGUGGAGGAGUACCUUAAAAAAGCCAAGGGCAAAGAUCAGGCACACCCUGAUGACAAAAGCAAAUCUGAGAAAGGCCGUAAAGCAGCUAAACCCAUGAAGAUUAUUGAAGAGGAUGAUGAAGAUGCCUUCAAGGGUGGCUCAUCAGACAAGGAACAGACUGACUCUGACCCAGAGCCAUCCUCUGUACGACGGCUGGUCGCUGGAACAGUAUCAGGAUUCAAAUGGGAGAGCAGUCCAGUAAAGGAUGACCCACAUUUCCAUCACUUUCUGCUCAGCCAGUCUGAGAAGCCGGCUUCAUCAAUGGAGCCCAUCACCAAACGCUUAAAGAUUAUUGAGGAGGACACCAGAUCGACGUCUAUUCAGGCAGCAGACAGCACAGCAAUCAGUGGCAGCAUCACACCUACAGACAAAAGGAUAGGAUUCCUUGGACUGGGACUAAUGGGAAGUGGUGUGGUCUGUAAUUUGUUGAAGAUGGGGCAUGUUGUCACCGUUUGGAAUCGCACAGCAGAAAAGUGUGAUUUGUUCAUUCAGGAAGGUGCCAGAUUAGGCCGAACACCCGCAGAGGUUGUGUCUAUGUGUGAUAUCACAUUUUCCUGUGUAUCAGACCCCAAAGCUGCCAGAGAUCUUGUUUUUGGUCCAAGUGGAGUUCUCCAGGGAAUCAGACCAGGCAAAUGCUAUGUGGAGAUGUCCACUGUUGAUUCAGAAACCAUCACGGAGCUCGCACAGGUCAUCACAUCCAGAGGUGGCAGGUUCCUAGAAGCUCCAGUUUCAGGUAGCCAGCAGCUUUCCAAUGAUGGUAUGCUGGUCAUUGUUGCUGCAGGAGACCGCAGUGUUUAUGAAGACUGUAGCAGCUGCUUCCAAGCUAUGGGGAAGACGUCUUUCUUUAUAGCAGGUGAAGCAGGAAAUGCUGCAAGAAUGAUGUUGAUCCUUAACAUGGUUCAAGGCAGUUUCAUGGCAACCAUUGCAGAGGGACUGACCUUGGCCCAGGCCACAGGACAGUCACAACAAACGUUCUUGGAUAUUCUUUGCCAGGGACAGAUGGCAAGCACUUUUGUGGACCAGAAAUGCCAAAAUAUCUUGCAGGGCAACUUCAAACCUGAUUACUAUCUGAAACAUAUUCAGAAAGAUCUGAGACUGGCCAUUUCAAUGGGAGAUUCAGUUAAUCACCCAACACCGAUGGCAGCUGCUGCAAAUGAGGUAUACAAGAGGGCAAAAGCGUUGGACCAGUCCGACAAUGACAUGUCUGCAGUCUACAGAGCUUAUAUUCACUAAUUCUGUAGAUGUGCUUUGCGUCCUGGACCACAAACCUUACUCUUUCUUCGUUUCUCUCCCUCUGUCUUUUUCUCUGCUGAUGAAUUUUGUUGGGCACCAGUGAAAUGUUUUCCCAUGUAUAAUGGGAUCUCUUUAGCAGCCUAAUCUGAGCAUUGCACUGAUUAUAAUAUUGCUGCACGUAUGCUGAAUGGGAGGUGCUUCAACUCUUUGCGAUUAUUGAUAUUUUUUUUUGAUAGAGCGUGCAGUGUAUUACAACUGCAUUUCAAUAAGGCUACUGCAUACAAUGCAGUCUUGUUUGUAGAGACUAGGGUUUUAUUUAUCAUUCAUAUCUUUACUGAUGACUUUCCUCAGUGUGCUUUUUUUUUUUCCCCUCAAUGUUCAGAAAUCUAAAGUAUGAACCUUCUGAUCACAAACAGGCUUGAGGAGCAUGAUGAAGAAAACAGCCACUGCAUUGCCUUAAUACCCAUAUAUGAUAGAUGUAUUUAUUUAUUUUAUCUCUAAAGAUCACCAUCCUGUCAGGUGCAUUGUGGCUGUACAUUUAAUUUUCUCAUUUAUUUUGUUCCUCUCAUUUUUGGAAAUCACCAGUUUACUAAUUUUUUUUUUAUUGCCUUACGAGAAAUGCAGUAUUGUUUUUUAUUUUUGUUUUUAGGAGUUUCCCAUAUAAUAAUCACGCCGAAGAUCCUGAAAUGUCCCUGAAAUCUCUCAUAAUGAAUUAAACAUGCUGAAAAGCAUCCCUUUAUUUUCCCAAGUAUUGAAUCAUGACUAUCAGUUAUGCAAUGGAACUAACUUUUUUCCAGCUUGACUUAAGGUCUUUCCCUGCUUUAGGUCUAGUUUUGCGUCAUAUGCGCAUCUUUCAACUGGAUUUUAGAAUAAAAAAUAAAACGACAUUUGGAAUUAUUUCAUUUUCAUUUUAUUUAAAGGUUUUAUAUUAGACCUCAGAAGUCAAAAAAAAAAACUCUUUGUUUAAAGUUCAUAAUCCGAUGGUGGGGGUGAUCUGUUGCCUUAUUUUGAUUUUCUUUUGUCUAGUUGUUUGAAAAACUAAUUGACUGUGUCAGUCUUUGAUUUCAGCUAAAACAAAGUUUUACAAGUCAAGAUUAAUUUGGAAUAAUUUUGCAGCAUUUUAUACCUAAAUUAUAAUUGUUGGAAUGCAUUUGUUCAUUUUAAAAGACAUAUGACAGGCCAUGUGUUCAGUGGCAUAUUAUUUAGUCAUUUCGGUAUUUUUUUUAAACUCAAAACAAAUACAGGGUGAUUCCUUUUCUAUGAACUGUUGUUCUGCCAAGAAGACUUUGACUUGCGCGAUUAUGAAUAAGACAAUUUUGUGAUUUAUUAAGGACUCGGUAAGAUUAAGAUGUGUAUAUAUCCCCAUCAAAGGGUUGGGCUAUUUGAAUACAUGGAAUAACAUGCUUUCAGUUUGACUUUACUGAAUUCAUUAGUCUGGUGUCUUAAUAUUGUAGGCUGUACUUUUGUCUUAGCUAAUGGGUUUAUUUACUGUAAAUGGUUGAUUUUUGUGGUUUAACUGAGUUGGUAAUGAAAUACUGACAACUCGUUUCCAGUUGUGCAAGGAAGGUUUUGGUGUUCUAAUUGGAGUUUAUUUAUAAUUUCAUGUAAAUGUGAAAUUUCUCUUUUUUUUUUUUCUUUUAUGUUUGUCCGGUCAACUGAAUCCUCUAAAUAAACAAAACCGAAUGUCUAAA